AUGGCUGUCGUGCAAUGCGUUGUUGACAUCCCUUCGUCCGCCGCCACGACUGGAAGCGCUGACCUGACGAAGGCGUCGAUGGGUUUGCCGCCCUCGCAGUCCACCAGCGACUGGCCGUACAGUGAGGAGAGCGCCGGCGAUGGCAACGGAACCGCUGCUGGCGAUGUCUGGGACGAGUCGGCACCGGUAGCCGCUGUGGGCGGCGUAGGGCUGGCCAACCUCGGCAACACCUGUUACCAGAACUGUGUCUUCCAGUGUCUGCUCAAUAACCGGCACUUCGUCUCGCAUUUGAUGUCUAAUGGCCUCCAAUUGGCGACGACUACCGGCGCCGAAGACACGAUCGUCAAUGAGUUCGUCACUCUGUUGAAGGCCUACCGGUCGGCCACCUGUGGACCCAUUCGUGCGGAAGGCAUACAGGAGGCGCUCACGAACAACACCCCCUCCACCACAUGCCAGCCCUCCAAAUCCUGCGUUGUGGACACAUUUCAGGGCCAACUCUGUUCACUGAUUGUCUGCGAUAUGUGUCGACACACGAGUCAGACAUUCGAGGCAUUUAUGUAUUUAGCCGUUCCGUUGCCGGUCGUACGGCACCGACAGCUGGUGGUGACCUACCAGCCUCUCAAUGGAAACGGUCCGCCCACUCGCCUAUUGGUGACCGUUGAGAACAAAUAUGAUUCUGUGGUACAAAUCAAACACAAAGUGAGGGAACAACUGUCGCUCGACGCCAUUCCCGAUGCGGAACUGGCGGUCGCGGAGGUUAUGAACGGCAAUCACGUGACUCGCGUUGUGGACGACUCGGAGGACGUGCUGUCGCUGAAUGACAGCAACUCCGAGGUGUCUCUCUUCCAACUGAACCAAUCGUUGAAUACCGGCGCCGACAGUCUCGACGACAACGACAAAGAUUGUGACAGCCUGGAAAGUAAACCCAUUCGAUCUCUACUGAGUCACUCCAUAUGCUCGGGUCGGGUGUGCGAAGUGUGUCUGGAAGGGUGUGUCAAACACUAUGCGAAGGACUCUGUGUUCGAGCCGUUCACGUGCUUCUCGUGCCACAGAGAUGUCACCAAAAAUCAGUUCCAAGAGUGCCAGCCAUUGGCCCAAAGAGAACUGUGCGUUCCUCUAGUGUUUCGAUCGGACGGCCGACUCGUAUUCGGAGUCCGACUGUUACGGAUAUCGCAACAGAUUGACGCCAAUGCCCUCUACGCUCUGGUCGACCAACGGGUGCCCAACCCUGAGUUCACCUAUAGGUUGGUGUUCACCGAACGCAACGGAAUU